AUGAGAAUCAUGCAUGUUAGUCUGCAGCUUAUAGCCAUACUAUUCACUGUUGAGACAGUUGCCUCAGUCUGGGAGGAAACCAGAAGCUCUUCAGAAAAAGCUUUGCACAGGGGAACAAGGGAACUGAAUGCUCCAUCUCCCAUACACUGCAAACUGAGCAGCUGGAGUGCAUGGGGGCCCUGCGACCCAUGCACCAAUCAAAGGUUUCGCUCCAGAAGUAUUGAAAGAUUUGGGCAGUUUGGUGGAAAAGCAUGCCUGGACGCCCUAGGAGACACACAGACCUGUCAAACCAGCAAAGUCUGUCCUGAAGAACCAGAACCAGACUGUGGUACUGACUUUCAGUGCAGUUCGGGUCGAUGUAUAAAGCGAAGACUUGUAUGCAAUGUAGAUAAUGACUGUGGAGACUAUUCUGAUGAAGAUGACUGUGAAUCUGACCCACGAUCACCAUGCCGAAACCAUGAUAUUGAUGUGUCUGAAGUUGGCAGAACUGCAGGACAUGGAAUCAAUGUUUUAGGAAUGCAACCAAUGGCCAGCCCAUUUAACAAUGACUUUUUCAAUGGUCUUUGUGACCGGGUGCGUGAUGGGAACACACGGACAUACUACCGCAAGCCAUGGAACGUGGCCAUUCUCACCUACGAUACAAAAGCAGACAAAACUUUCUCAUCUGUGUACUACCAUGAUCGUGUGAAAAUGUUACAAGAGGUUUACAUAGCAAAACAGAAACAUUUUAGUGCUGACUUCUCUGUGAAAUACACACCUACUGAUGGAAGUAACAAAAAUGCUUCAGAAGUAAAUUUCAAAUAUGACUACAGAAAGAAUUAUACCUUUGGUUCCCUCCUGCAAAGCUUCAGAGAAAGGAACCAAACCUUUCUGCAUGUAAAAGGACAGAUUCAGCUGGGAAGGUUCCAAAUUCGGAGUCGUGAUGUCCGUCUCACAGAUAGUUUCCUUGAUGAUUUAAAUUUUCUGCCUGCUGAUUAUGACAAGGGGGAGUAUUUCAAAUUCUUAGAAGAUUAUGGAACUCACUAUGCAGUCUCUGGAACUGUAGGAGGAAAAUAUGAACUUGUUUACGUACUGGAUAAUUAUGCUAUGUCUCAACUAGGAAUCAGUAUAGAAGAUGUGAAAAAAUGCCUUGGCUAUCACUUAGAUGCCAAUAUCGUAUAUGAAAAUACACACGCCAACUUUAACGUUGAUAGUGGUAAAUGUGAAAGUAUUCAUGUGAAGAAACAAUCACAAAUGAAUGAUAAUGCUGUCAUUGAUGAUGUCCUUUCCUUAGUUGAGGGGGGAAAAAUCGACUUUUCAGUUAAAAUCAAAGAAAUGUUACUACGAGGAUCCAAAGUGGUUGAUGUAGAGGAUUACAUAGAGUGGGCUAAAUCUUUGGUUGAUGCUCCAGUAGUGAUACAGCAACGGCCUUCUCCAAUACAUACACUUGUUCCAGUUAAGAUGAGAGAUGCAUAUUUAAAGAAACAAAAUUUGGAAAGAGCAAUUGAAGACUAUAUUACCGAAUACAGUGUGUGUAAAUGUGAACCCUGUAAAAAUGGAGGCACCCUUGUGCUGGUAGAUGGAGUCUGUACAUGUCUGUGCUCAAGUUAUUUUAAGGGAAUUGCUUGUCAAAUUCCCAAAUCUACAUUAGUGAAAGUUGUGACUGAUGGAGGCUGGAGCUGUUGGAGUACCUGGUCCACCUGCAUCAAUGGAGAGAGCACUCGAACUCGCCAGUGUAAUAAUCCUGCACCAGGACCUGAUGGCAGACCAUGCCAGGGAGAAAGCAUUGAAAAACGGCCCUGUGAAGAAGGGAAAUAGUUAUACUCCUCAAAAACAGAAAACAUUAAUGGAUUUUAAAUCGGAUCCAUGAAUCACAGUUUCGCCUGGCCAGCUAGCUACACCACAACAGUGGAAUGGCAUGAUUUAAAAGUACCUGCAGCUUAAAUGAUCUGUAAUCAAAACAAAGUAAUAAACUAUAACUAUAUUAACAGAGAUGUGCUGAUACAGUAGCUGUGGUCAACAUUUUAUUUGUCUGUGGCUGUCAUUAGAACAUGAAUACUCCAUCUUUGUU